AGAAAGAAAAAGUAGUAGAGUGUAAAUAGUAGGAGUGGAAAAUCAUAACUAGCCUCGAGAUGCAUAAAAGAAGGCAUGGCAACAUAAGCAUAUGGGACCCAAUGAAAGGACUUUUUGGAAUUUUUUGGUAUAUAAUCUUAGGGAUGCGAAAUGACCUUAUUACUUAUUAGACACAUUGUUCCCGCCUUUCAUCGAAUGCUUUUCCCCUCUAAAGUAUAAGGACCUUUUCGUAAAGCCCAUAAUGGCGUUAUCAAUAUCACUCACCAAAUCACCAAUUAUGCUAGCAGAUUUUACUAAUUAUUGUCGUUUAGGUCACUAGCUAGGAGCUAUUUCCGUUAAACAAGGCGAUUAUAAAAAGCACGGUAACAAAAAAGAAGGUGCUUCUAUUUUUCUCCUUGAGUCAAAGUGUGAGAGAGAGAGAGAGAGAGUACUGGGAGUCUUGGAGUGGGGUUAGGAGUAGGACCCCCCAUGCGCUCAACGCGGCUUCUGAUUCAUAUUGGAUUGGACCAUACAUAAAUUUUGUUUCCUUUCAACAUCAAACGCUUUUGUCGUGUUUUAGCCAUUGGGAAAAUAUUCUAAUCCACUCCCUUGCUCCUUGCCUCGGCCUCAUUCAUACAUGUGUGAAUGGCAGCAGCUUAUAUCUCUGGCAUACUCUCUUUGCUUCUAUGCAGUUCCACUAGUUGGCACGUACUCAAGGAGUGAAAACAUUUUGUUAAGGGUAUUGGGAUAGGUAAAAAUUCAAUUGCAGUCGACUUUAGGUAAAGUUGAUAGUUGAUAAUCGUUAGAUGAAAAUUUAGUCAAAUCAGUCAAAUCAUAUAACGAUUUUUAGUUAUUAACUUUACGUAAAAUCCACUGUACCUGAGUUUUUACCAUUAGGAUAAUGUUGAAUCUUUUAGUUUCCUUAAUUUAUUCGGAUAUAGAGGCACAUUGCUGGAUAAUGGCAUGAUUAUGGGAAGGGGUCCAGUCGAGAAUGGUGUAGGUAAUUAGGAUUAGUGGGAAACGGAGAUUUCGAGGCAUCACCAUCAAAUGGGUUCCCAAGCGAGGCGCUGGUGGAAAGCCCCACCGAGAUCCCAAGCUGGAAAUCAAACGGCACCGUCGAGCUCGUUGAAUCCGGUCAAAAGCAAGGUGGCAUGAUCCUAAUUGUGCCACAGGGAAGGCACGCCGUCAGGCUCGGCAACGACGCCGAGAUCAGCCAGGAGUUCCCAGUGGAGAAGGGCUCCGUUUACUCCGUCACGUUCUGCGCCGCCCGCACGUGCGCACAGCUGGAGUCACUUAACGUGUCCGUGCCGCCGGCGUCCCAGACCAUUGACCUCCAGACGCUCUACAACGUUCAGGGUUGGAACCCUUACGCCGUUUCUUUUAACGCUGACAGCGACUCCUUUAGGUUGGUUUUCAAGAACCCUGGCAUGGAGGAUGACCCUACUUGCGGGCCAAUCAUUGACAACAUUGCCAUCAAGAAGCUUUUCACUCCUGACAAACCCAAAGAUAACGCCGUGGUCAAUGGGGACAUGGAAGAAGGUCCAUGGAUGUUUAGAAACACAUCACUGGGUGUCCUACUUCCCACCAACCUAGACGAAGAAACCUCCUCGCUGCCUGGCUGGAUCGUGGAAUCCAACCGAGCCAUCCGCUACAUCGACUCGGACCACUUCGCCGUCCCCGGAGGCAAGAGAGCCAUCGAGUUGCUCUCCGGGAAGGAAGGCAUCAUCUCCCAAAUGGUUGAGACCAAACCAGAUAAGGAUUACAGCUUGACCUUCUCGUUGGGCCACGCCGAUGACAAAUGCAAGGAGCCUCUCGCCGUCAUGGCUUUUGCCGGUGACCAGGCUCAAAACAUCCAUUACACACCAAACUCCAAUUCAACAUUCCAAACUGCAAAUCUCAAUUUCACUGCCAAGGCAGAUAGGACCAGGAUUGCCUUCUACAGUAUUUACUACAACACCAGAAGUGACGACAUGAGCUCCCUUUGUGGCCCUGUGGUCGAUGAUGUCAGAGUCUGGUUUGCCGCCGCCACCUCCCUCUCUAAAUUCGCCCUCUCCAGGCUUAGCCUUCUCAUUUUCGGUUUACUUUGGCUUCUACUCUGAUGCCUUUAUUUUCAUUUCCAAUUAUCUUCUUUGCUCAAUACUCUUACUAGUUACCUCUAGGUAAAUUCACAUGUAUUGUAUUUGAACUGGCCUUAAGUUUAUCCAGUUUUUGCUAUGACAAAUGAUAAUGUCCUACUCC